UCCAACAGUCCAAGGGAGUUCCUCACCCAACAGUCCUCCCCCACCAUGAGUUCAAAGCGCAAGUUUCCCGUUACCAUGAGUGUGGAUCGAGUGUCGAGUGACCUUAUGAACCCCAGUCCCCGGCCGUCUCCUCCUCCUCCUCGCAGAGCCAACGGAACCGUUCCGUCUAAUAUGGGAGCUCCUGUCGUUAAUGGAUUUGAUAAGUUCCAGGUAUCCAGAGACUACUCCACAUCAGGUGACCAUCCUCUCUCCCUCAAGAAGGGAGACGUUGUGGAGGUACUGGACAACAAGAUAGAGGAGAGAUGGUUCGUGAGGACGCAAUCGGCCAGCCCUGAGGCGGGGUGGGUCCCACCCACUGUCCUCAUGCCCAUUGGGAGGGACGAGGACUGACGGGAGAUCUUCUUCCAAGCCAUAAUCACUUCAGGGGUGUUGGGUGGCGAGAAGCUGCAAAAGUUCAGAUCUCAGCCGUCAUUUGGCAGUCACGAUCUACAAAGCCACCAGGUGAUCAGCACGCUGAAGAAGAUAACCCUACAGGAGGACGAUGAAGAGGAGGAGGCGGAUGCUUCAUCGCUGGACAUAUCGGCGUCUCCGAGAGUGGCCCACGUUCCCCCGCAGUCUCGGAACGGGGAGGAGGAGCAGGCCCCGCCCCCCUCUGUCAGUGUGGACCCCAGCAUGUUGUCACCUAAUCACGCGGCAGCCAACGGCCUCUCGUCUGAGGAAGAUCCCAACCGUCUCUCGUCCUCAGCCCGCUCUACCAGCUGGAGUCACAGACCCACUCGCCGGGCUCUCUACCGCAAGAAGAAGGGCUCCAUAUCAUCCGAACGCUCAGAGUCCCCCACUGAGAAGAUGGCCAGUUGCAGUAGUGAGGAGAGCAUUCAGGCGCCUGAGACUGCAGAAGCUACACCAGAGACUCCUGAUCCAGAGAGUGCGAAAAAAGCUCGUGAAAAACUCAAGCAUAUAGUGGCAGAGAUAGUGCAGACGGAGCAGGAUUAUGUGGUCGCACUCGACAUGUGCAUCAAUGGCUACAUGAAGGCAAUGCAGAGCGACGACCUGCCCAGUGAACUAGCUAACAAAGAGAGACUCAUCUUUGGAAACAUACAGGCAGUCCACGACUUCCACAGCAGUCAUUUCCUGGUGAGUCUCCAGCUGGCAGGACACGACGUGGAAGCCGUGGGCAAAUGCUUUCUGGACCAUAGUCCCAGUUUCGAGGUGUACAUCACGUACUGCGAGAACAAACCAAAGUCAGAGUCAUUCAUAUGGACAUACCUGCACACUGGAGGCACCUUCUUCCAGGACAUCCAGAAGCGGCUGAAGCAGCGACAGGGCAUCGACUCCUUCCUCAUCAAACCGGUCCAGAGAAUCAGUCAGUAUCAGCUCCUCCUGCGGGACCUGCAGAAGAGUGCCGUGAAGUCUGGACUCGCGUCCACCCCUCACCUCAACGCGGCGCUGCAGCAGAUGCAGGAUAUCCCCAAGAGAGCCAACGAUGCCAUGACUCUCAGUAUGAUAUGUGGAUACGACGGAGCCAUCAGCGCCAGUGGACAACUCAUCAUGCACGAUGAGUUCACGGUGUACGAGAGGUCGCGGUGGACGGGAGCCAGCAGACAUCUCUUCCUCAUGGACCAGAGACUCAUCUUCACCAAGGAGAAGGAUGCAGACGGCCUCUACGUCUACAAGGACUCCCUCAAAGUGCACAGUCUGUCGAUAGUGGAGAAACAAGACGACAGUCCGUCGAAGUUUGCAGUUGGAACUGGGCCCAUCAACUCCUGGGAUCAGUACUAUGUGCUGGAGGCCAGCUCUCCCGAGAAGAAACAGGUGUGGGUGGAGGCCAUAAAGAAGAUCCUGCAGCAGCAGUUUCAACUGCUGAAGGCCCUCAAACAGCCCGCUCCAACUAGUGCCCGCCACAGGAGCCAGACACUCGGACCUGCCACCUUCAUGAACAGUGUGGCCCACAUCAAUGUCAGUGAUGACUCAGAGGACGAGGGAGCGGAGGAAGGGGACACACUCACCCCAUUCUCUCCUCUCUGGGCUCCUGCACACCCUCACCGGCGACAGACAACUGCCGGAUUACCUAUGUUGACAGUUGGUGAAAAUACUGUGAACACCUCCACCUUGAAGUCACGCCCACUAAACCUGUACGUGGUUGCCGAGGACUGCGCUCCGUCCAAAGACGACGAGGGAAUCCUCUUCAUUAGGAAGGGACAGGUGUAUGACAUCACCAGCAAGUCGUCUGAUUGGUGGUUUGCUCGGUUGGCACGGGACACGAAGCCGGACGGGGCGGCGCUGGGGAAACAGGGCUGGGUUCCCAGUUCCUUUUUGGAGAAAUUCACCAAAUCUCUGUCACCUGAUGAAGAGGCUGCCUACUGGAUCGCUUGCCAUCACUCUGAAAGCAACAGCACCACCAACAACACCAGCAGCAGCAGUUCAAAGAAAUCCACAACAUUCCCUGCAAACAAUCUGCCAAGCAGCAGUGGGACGGUGUCGUACAGGAAGCAGAGACAAAAGAGCCCAAAGAGCGGUCGCAAGAGGCAGAAGAUCACCAGCAGCUUCAUGGAGAACGUCGGCUACGGAGGAGAUGAGCCUGAACAGCAGCUGCAGAGACCGACACCACCCGCUGUUGCUGGGGAGGACAAGAAGCCUUCAACCUCUGGAAAGGCGCCGCAGGUGGUCACACAUCUGACAGACGAGACGGUCAUCGUGUCCCGCACGGUCCGGUUCCGAUGCAAGAUCGCCAGGUCCCAUCCCGAGCCCAGCGUGGAAUGGAGUCACGACGGGAAGCCCCUCACCCACGACCGGGCGUUCACUAGUCUGGGGGACGAGAACUGUCUCUUGAGGCUCCAGAACGUGGCCCAGGAAGACGAGGGACUGUACACCUGCACCAUCUGUAACAAGAACGGCUGCUGCACAUCGACCGCCAGACUCACUGUCAUUGGUCCACCAAGUGUCCCUGGGAAGCCGGUGGUAAAACCGGUGACCUCGACAUCCGUCCGCAUCUCGUGGACUCCACCCACCCACUCUGGCCACUCCCCCAUCAAUCUCUACCUCAUUGAAUGCAAGGACACUCUCUCUGGCAGAUGGAGCACACUGAUGCAGAGGAUCACAGACACCAAUACAGUCAUGGACGACCUCAUGCCGGGGACGGAGUACGUGUUCCGUGUCCUAGCCGGGAACCAGAUCGGGUCAAGUCCGCCGAGUCCCGAGUCAGAUCCGGUCCUGACGGCCCGGUCUCUGGUCGGGACCGAGUUCUCGCUGGAACCGUUCCACGACCACUACCAACUGGUCAACAUCAUUGCCAGAGGUCAGUUCAGUGAGAUUUGGGAGUGUCUUCACUGCAGCACGCAGCAGUCAUACGUCGCCAAACUCAUCCCACUCUCCUCCGGAAACCACGCCCACCACGAACUGAAAAUGCUGACUCGGCUCUCCCACACCAACACAGUGUGCGUGUCGGCAACGUACCAGACUGACAAGAACUACAUCUUCCUCUUCCAGCUGCUGCGAGGACUCAACCUGUUUGAAUACGUGACGAUCUCAGAGGAACUGUCAGAGCCUCUGGCUGCCUACUACAUGGAGCAGCUCAUGUCCGCCCUCGAGUACCUGCACAAUCUCAACGUCGUCCACCUAGCCAUAAAGCCAGAGAACGUGAUGGUGGUGAAGCCAGCGACAGAGCUGCCUGUCGUCAAACUACUCCACUUCUCUCGGGCACGUGAGGUGGGAGGAGGGGCUUCCUCGGUCGUCCAGCCACAUCUUGACCACAUGGAGUUUGAAGCUCCUGAGCUGCUGAAGGGGGAGCCGGUGACCGUGGCAACAGACAUGUGGUCCCUGGGUGUCCUCCUGUACACCCUCCUGGGAGGGGUUUCCCCCUUCCUGGUGGACUCCCUGGACCUCACCAAGGACAACAUCUGCAGCGGACGCUACUCCUUUCCCGGCAAACACUUCAAAACUGUCUCGGAGCGUGGGCGGGAUAUCAUCGCUGGUCUUCUGGUGGGAGAUCAGAGUAGGUGUUGCUUUAGAUGUUCCACUACCUCACUUCUCUAAUGGCCACAUGGAAGACUGAGUGCCUCCCAGUGUCUCCAGCAUACCUGGACACGACAGCUCCGUCGUCCCGACGACACUUCCUCCUCCUCCACGGCCGCCGUCCCUAUCGAUCUCUCCCACCUCAAGUCCUACGUCAGCACGAGAAAGUGGCAGACUUCCGCAUUCACCAUCAGCUCUGCUGAACACUAACUAACCUACAGUUGCUCUUCCUCCAGUUCACCAAUAGACUGUGCUAACCCAAAAUUCCUGCUUUCUCUCCCCUCUUCCUCCCUCCAUCAUCUCUUUUUAAAACAGUGACUGAGUGGAAUCCCAGCCACUUUUUAGAGUGUUUCGCUUGUUGUUGUGUGUUGAUUUGUGCAUCACAAAAUGUUUUCACCAAUCAAUCUGUAUUAAUUACGUUUGAUGUGUGUGUGUGUUUGUUUGUGUAGAUGUGUUUAUAUUAUUAUUGUGAGACUAAUGCUGGGGAGCAGGUUUUGAUUGUAUGCUUAACAUUACACUAAUUAAUGCUUAUUAGUACACUA